CUAGAUAUUGCUAACUUGUGUCAGUUUAUCCUGAAUUUAUAGAUUCACAUUCUUCAACUUUGGAUGACAAAUGAGCCAAAUGAGGGUAUCCUUGCCGGCGAUCGGGGCCCUCCUGGUGGCGCUGCUUGUACACGCAUACAACGAUUUUGUGCCUCUGGACUCGUACUCACCCACUCCCACAACCAACGUCAGUGUGGAGGCCCAUUUCAGCGACUCAUACUACCAGGCUCGAGCACUUUUCCGAUCACGCGCUGAGAGUGCCGGUGCCAAGCUGUUUUCGCUGCCUCUUGAUCAUCUAAAGUCGUUGGACUUGACGGUGGACAUUGCAGUGCUCGAAGGUUUUAGCGGUCGUGUUCUACUCCAUAUUUCAGGCACGCAUGGCGUCGAAGGUUUUGCUGGAAGCGCAAUCCAGGCGUCUCUGUUGGAGCGAGCGGCGAAAAACCCAAGCACCGCCAAGAACAAGCCCACGGUGAUCUUCGUGCACGCGCUCAAUGCGUAUGGAUUCGCACGGCUGCGUCGAUUUAAUGAGCAUGGUGUGGACUUGAACCGCAAUUGGCUCACGCCAGAGGAAUUCAAGGAACGCCAAGCGAGAGACCCAAACCAACUGGGAUAUAUGGAUGUCUACGAGCUGCUGAACCCGAAAGAAUUGGGCGGUGUCAAGAACUCGUUCUGGGUGAAAGGCAUUAUGAAUUUAGCUACAAAAGGUUUUAACGCGAUAAAACAGGCGACAGUUGUCGGGAAUUAUCGGUUCCCGCAGACGCUUUUCUUCGGUGGAACGGAGCUCGAGCCUAGUUUGGCACUGCUACAGGAUUUUCUACGGGAACAUGUCGACUUCAACACCGUAACCAAGUUUGCAAUGGUUGAUGUACACACGGGACUUGGACCUGCUGGUGUUGACACGCUGAUGCUUGGAACGGGAAGCGACAUGGCGGUAGCACGCAGCGUCUUCAGUGGCCCCGAGUACACGAACAAGGUGGUCUUCAUGCAAGAUAACGAGAAUUCUGUGGCACGAGGAUAUGAUGGUGUUGGUGGUCUCACUUCCGAUGGUGUGUCAAAGCUAUUGACCUCACAAACUAAAGGGAACGCUCUUUUGUUCUGCCAAGAGUUCGGGACGGUGCCUGGUGUGUUCGUCCUGAAGGCAUUGAUUGAGGAGAAUACCAUGUACUACCACGGAUCGUCAUCUGCAGGUCGCUUGCCGUACGCACAGAAACUCCGGGAUGUGUUUUAUUUACACCAGAGCAGCUCCUGGAAGAGUGAGGUGCUGCGUCGCGGUGCUGACGUGUAUGAUCGAUUGUUCGCGUAUCUAUCCUCGCAGUUGUAAAAGAGACCCCGGCAGAGCAUUUUAGUUCUGUGAUCAUCUCUGAGCAAGUAGAACGUAAGCAGAUAACAAAAGGUGCUAUUUGCUCACACAUGGAGUUGACAUGUGAGUCAAGAAUCUUCUGGCAUAGAUGGUUUUAACUGCAUUCUAUGAAACUCGGCAGAAGUCAUUACGGUCUACGUUUUUUUCGUGUCCCUGAAGCGCAUUUGUCGUGUAGAGUUAUCUGCUUCCUACGAAGUACUAAUAUUACUUC